UAAUUACUUCACAAAUUUACAAAUCUAAAACAGAAUUUUAUUUUACAGGUUCUAUGGGUUGAAAACGCAGAGGUACAAGAGAUUGAUAUCCCUAACAACAUAUCCUCAAAAGUUACUUCAAACUUUCAUUUAACUGCAAAGCAAUGGAUCAGUAUCUUAUCACAAAAUUUGAAACGUAGAUGGAGCAAGAUAACGACUUCAGAGAUGUUCGACGACCCCAAUGAUGUACCUGAUCUGUUGACAAUUGGGGAGAACCUGAAGAGAUUAUAUCUAACAUCAGUUAAUCCCUUUCCACUGGAAAGAAAAUGGGAUUUAUAUUGUGAUGAUAAUAUAAGGAUUUUGAGAGACAUGAAAGCACGUAACAUUGGCUAUCACCAUGAUUAUGUUGCCUCAAGUACCGUAUACAUUCCAGAAACCCCCAUCAGACUCUUAAUGUUUCUAGCCACAUAUAAUGCGACAUACCAGUUGACGAGCAUAAAAUCACCGGAACAGCUCAAGCUGGUAGCUGCACUUUACACAGAAGAUAAUAGUUACACCAUUGGUUUACGUAGAAAAGUAGAAGAAACAGUAGCUGAUGAACUUUUUGCGGUGCUUCUCUUUUACAUAAACUUCUUUACCUGAUCCUCCUUGCC